UGAUUAUUGACAGCCCAGGAGCUAGGCUCGUGAAUGAUACUUUUCAUCAAGAGCUAGUAGCCGUAGCGUCAUCGCCUCUAUGAUACCUUCAAGAGCAAAGAUCGAAGUUACUAGGGACACAAGUAUAACCACAACCUCAACUACUAGCACGGACACUACUAGAACCACAAGAUGAUCAAUCGAGCACCGCUCGAGCGGCUGUCGGGCGAGGAUAAAGACACGAAGUUACCCAGUUGCGAAAUGACCAUGACGGGCGAAAAUUUAGAGGGCACACUGCGAGGCCGAAGCCGCCAAAAAACGCCAUCUCUUACGACUAGCAUUUCAAACUUUUUAGGUAGGUUUUGUAGGGCUUCCAAGCACGACGCCUGGGCAACGAGCACUUCACCAGUUACUUCUAUGUAUUAGAAGUUUUCUUCCUGAAUCAUAUGAUGACAGACACAUGCCUCUUGCUUCUAAGAUCAGUCGCAAGCAGAAAAGCCUUAAUCACGUCUCUCGGGGGGUUGUUGCAGAAAAGGCCAGACGCUUCCGCUCAUGCUCGCGACGCUCUUCGAUUAUUAUGUGACAAAGUUCUUCUUCUUGUUGUUGUUGCUGACACAAAGUUCUCGAUGACUUUCUUGGGUUCGCAAUACUCAAUUUCAAUAUUUUCUGCUACUAGAAGAUUAAGAUAGAACCGCUGUCCUUACACUUACUUCUCCAGCUCAUCCUCUAACUAUUUCUCGAUUGGUGCUACGUCGCGUCUUGCGUUGGC